AUGGCGCCCGCGAGGUCGAAGGCUGUCUCCCUCGAGGACCGUCGCGCUGCUAGCGCCUCGACGGUGCGCCCGAUUGACGGCGGCGCUUUCGCGGCUCCAAUAUUGGCGCCGGAAGCGAUGGAGGUGGCGAGGAGAAUGUACAAUGAGCUGCGGCCUGCAGAGACUCCGCUCCUCCAGACGUCCUCGGGACAGUUCCAAAAGCUGAGGAGCGGCGACUCUGACUUUUGCACCGCAACUCCUAGGUGGCAGAGCGACAUUGCCUGGAUCAGCCCACUUGGCGAGGCCUCCUUCCGUUUCUUUCAGGCCCUCUUUGACCGGCUGCAGAUUGCCCAGCAGUUUGCCUUCCUCUGCGAGGUGUGCCUCUUCUCCGCCUUUUUCGUCCGGCGACGGGCCGCACACAAGACGAACUUUCACAGGGACUUUCCGGGGAACGCAAAGACGGUCUUCACAUUCAUGGCGCCGCUGCAUGACAUGAGCCGUCUCUCAGACUGCCAACUGCUCUGCCAGGAUCACAGAGGGCGAAUUAGGCAAUACCGUUACCAACUCGGCCAAGCUAUCGUCUUCGGCGGAGAAUUCGUCCACUCCACGGAGACGGGCGUCGCCCCGCAGCCACUCGCCUUUCUUUGCUUCACCUUUGGCGACCGGCGGAUGCUGGCGCACCAGUGGCUGAUGGCAGAGAAGACUUGCAGGGCUCAGAGCUUCACCUACCAGAACCUGACGGGCAGAGUGGUGGAGCUGAGGCCCAUGGGCACUGAAGGUUUCGCGUGGGUCGACGCGGCGCUUCCUUUGGCGCCGCGCUCCGCAUGCAGCGCGCCGAAGCCGCGGGUAGACUCGGGCGAGUUCCGUGAGAUGUAA